AUGGCGGCAUCUCUGGGGCAGGUGCUGGCCCUGGUGCUGGUGGCCGCUCUGUGGGGUGGCACACAGCCGCUGCUGAAGCGGGCCUCCGCCGGCCUGCAGCAAGUUCGUGAGCGUACCUGGGCACAGCAGUUACUGCAGGAGAUGAAGACCCUCUUCCUGAAUGUUGAGUACCUCAUGCCCUUUCUCUUCAACCAGUGUGGCUCUCUUCUCUACUACCUCACCUUGGCAUCCACAGAUCUAACCCUGGCAGUGCCCAUCUGUAACUCUCUGGCCAUCAUCUUCACAAUGAUUGUUGGAAAGGUACUUGGAGAAGAUAUUGGUGGAAAACAAGCAGUUGCAGGCAUGAUGCUUACCAUGACAGGAAUUGCUCUCUGCAUCACAAGCUCAGUGAGCAAGACCCAGGGGCAACUGUCUACUCUUUGA